AUGACAGAGAAGCUGGACGAUACAGGGCAGUUCGAAGCAUUUUCGUUCAAGAAAAAGCCUCUUGUAAAGCAUCUCAAUAUCUCCAAUAUUCACUCAGUAAUCUCAGAUAUAAUACCUCAGUCAUCGAACAGACCAAUUUCCGCCAACAACGAGACAAACAACCAAGGAAACCAUGAAAAUGCAGGAUAUAACGACAUUAACUAUGACGAACAGAUAAGGGCACCAAGGAUGAGUAGUAUCACGCGGGGGUCAUUCAAGGAUCGGAAUAACGCUAACGAUGAAUCAUUCGUCGGACUGUCGCUGAGAAGAGAGGCGGAAGGAUUAUGGAAUGUCAAAGAAGACGGAGAUGAUGAAGGAGUACAGGAUGACUCUUAUAUUCCGGCCAACUUUGAUUUAUCACAACCCACCAGGAGGUUUUCGACGCCGUUCGAGGUGGCCACCGAUGUGCCCGAUAAUACGAUAUUGAGUUACACCAACAACAACUAUAUUUAUGAAAGGAACCGUAGCACGUCAAGUUCGAAUUCGAACUCUAACAACACGUCUAAUUCGAAUACCAACACGAAUUUGAAGAAUUUGAACUUGGAUAUGCUGCUGGAAUCUCCGGAUAACGACUUGCAGCAGACUAGUUUGGUGAAUGCCUUGAACAACUUGAGUAACAAUGUGACAUCACAGGAGAGAAACGAUAGUCUGAAGACCAACCGCAUCAAACACCGUACACCUACGUCUGCUAGUCAUUUAUCGGGAGUAGAAGGGACAGAUUUACAACAAGUAUACCGGUUGAAGAAGCCACUAUGUAUGCCUGCAGUUUUAAGACCUCAAAGUCUGACCCCGACGUCGUCGUCACUGUCACCCAGCAUGCCGUGUUCAGCUGAAACCUCUCCCAAGAAAAUGAACUAUUCGGUAUCGAUUGACUGCGAAUGUACUUCAUCAGAAUGUGAAAGUCAUCAACCAGCAGACCCUACGCAUAAGCAUUGGAAGCCGAAUAGCUUUACGUCACAUUGCAUGAAGUGUUUUGAGGCGUUUGGCGUUUUUUUUUCGCCUCAGCGUAGAAGAAGGCACCACUGCAGGUUCUGCGGUCAAAUCUUCUGCUAUGAGUGCUUAUGGCAAAAGAGCGUUGUGGACCAAGAAGGAGACUACAAGCCUUCGGUGUCUACCAAUGGUAGUGACGUCAAGCAUGCCACAGUGCUAGAUUCCAAUGCUCGUUUUGUCAUACCCAUAUACACCAAUUUGAAAUCCAAUUCAAACAUCCGCUCGCCUACAGAUUUGUUCCGCAAUUGCAAGGUUUGCAAGGACUGUGGUUACAACUACCAGAUGCUUGUCACCAAUGUCAACGCAAAUUUGUCGAGCUUUCUAAACGAAAACAAAAUCAAGAAUUUCAAUCCCCCAUUCAUCUUCAUCGAAAACCCAUAUGUGAACAACUCCAGCUCUGGUUCCAUACCGCAUAAUAUCCACCAAUUCAACGAUUCUCCUCAAGAUACCCCUAAAGACGGCGCAAAAUCUUCCAAGACCGACGCUAGUUCUACGCAUCCCGAUGUCCUUCCUAAUAAAAUAUCCGCCACCUCCGCCACUGCCGCAGGCACUAUUACAUCCUCGACUAAAGAUGCAUCGAUCAAUAAUGCAAUUAUUGAUGGCUCAAUUGCCGAUACCCGUAGAAAAUCGUCAGUUGUAAGUGUGCCAUCUGAUUGGACCUGGAGCUCUUUUUAG